AUGAAUAAUGAAUUAGGGUCAUCAGCCUGCGAACCAGAACCACCAAAACACGAGACUGUACCGAUAGGCCGUAAACUAAGCAAAGGAAUGGCGGGUAUCAUAUCGAAACUGAAGAGUGGGGUGACGAGUAACACCCCACCGCCGUUGGAGAGUAACCCCAUCAUGCAAUACUUUGAAGUGGGCAAGGAGUGUAGCACGGCAGGACCAGGUCUAGUGUGGCGGAUCCACGAUGCCUAUCGCAAGAGUGAUGGAAAGGUAAGCAUACUAGAGAUAGAUAGAAUAUUCUUAAUAGUACACACAAGUACACAAGUACACAAGUGUUCUUUUUCCGGGCAACUUUGGUAGGCAAAGACUUAUUAUAAUGUUAGAACUAGAAGUAACUUAUAA